AUGGACACAACACAAAGCUCAUCAAAUACCACUGCCAUCGUGGCAAUUGACGGUUUACAUGCAAGCCUGAUUUACCUCGGUGAGACACACCCCAGUACCACUCGCACCGAACUACAGAGCCCGGUGCGUUGGAGAUCUAUCCUUGACCUCCGCAUAGAGAUCGAAAAACACUGGGAAAGCCUGAUCAGCCUUACACAAAAACAAGAUCUACCAGGCCUUGGCAUAAUUCUCGAAUCCUUCCCUACUUCUGCUCACUUAUACGAGGCCGCCAUCUUCACCUUUCGCAACAUCUCAAUAGGAUUAAAGCCUGACUCUCUAGAGAAUAUAUUUGCGAUUUUCAGCUUAUCCUAUGUUGCUUCAAUAUGUUCCCAAAGAAUGAGCAAGCCAGAAAUUGACAACAUUUUCCACGACAUCAAUAUUUGGCGGGACUCAAUUGCCUUUCCUCAGCAUCGACAAUUAUUCAAUGAUCUCAUUCAACGGCUUCGGAUGGGCAUGACAACAUCCUUGUUCCAAACAGAACAUUUCUUAUAUUCAGUCUCCCCAUUCAAUGGCCAGUAUUACAUGGGGCCCCAGGGUGUAACCAUGCACGAUAUCUCAUUAUUCGGCGAUUUUUCCGACCCGUUCUGGGGAGAUCAUUUCGACGUGCCACGUUCUCCCCCGGGGCCCAAUUUCCAGGUGGCAGGCCCUGAAGGGAUAUCCCGCACUGUACCUGACACUCCAGAGCUCCAACUGCCAUCUGGAGAAGAUCUGCGCCAAUCGGCAGUCAUGAACAUCCUGACAAGCUUCAUCGCCAAUUGUGGAGAUCUAAUGGACAUUCUCAGUGGACAUGGAGUGACCACGAAAGGGCCCCAUUCUGAUGUUUCUUUGGAGGUAAAGAACUUCACCCAGGCUCUAAGGCGACAUGAUUCCUUCGGAGACCCAUCUGCUCGUGGAAUACUCGCCAUUGUAGACAGAUUUGUGGACCUGAAUUAUUUCCAGAGCAUCGACGAAAUCCGAGACUACAUAAUAAUAGUCGGAAAGGAAAUGCUGCACAGCGGUCAGACCUUUGCAAAAGUCUGCAAAGCCGUCUAUUCGUCCACAGAGAUGACAAAGACACCCCAAGUAGUACGACGUCAGCACGCAAGGCGUCCGCUAGAUCGCAAGCUGAAAAAGAUACCAUGUGACCAAUGCGGAGAAGAAUUCACACGGAAGACCAAUAUGAGACGACACAUUGCCAGGAAACAUGCAAACCACAGUGCGUCCGAUGCGCCGAUGGUGUCUGUGCGUACUGGGUAG